AUCAUCAUCAUCAGAGAAAACAGGAAACGCAAGUACCCUUACUACCCAUUCGAAAUACGUCCGACCCAAACAUCGCCUCCGAAAUAUAAUCGAUUAUUUUCGAACAUCGUAUCGACGCGACCAACGACUAAUCCCCGACCACGGAUCUAUUUCUAGGAAAAGCCGGACGCUCGUAUUUACUCCAAAUCGACUCGAAAUCAGCUCCGAAAUCGCCGAAACUCCGAAAAACCGUUUGAAACUCCGAUUUUCCAAGCGAAAUUCCGCGAGUACGGCGCAUGCGCGAGGCACAUGGCGUCGCUUAAACAGCUGUUGACGCGUCCCGCGAGCUGAUGUUUUUCACUCGGUCGUCACCUAGCACAGCAUUCAAAUUUCCAAGAGAGCUCCAGCGCGACUGUUGUGUACACCUCGAAGACCGCAGUUGGGGAAACGCAGAGUGCGUGUGUGUGUGUGUGUGUGUAUCGAGCGAUAUCUGACCUUCGGCGCGGACUUCUAUUUUUCGGACGAGCGGAGAAAUCACACCAGCCCCACAGCAGCAGCCUCAUCCUCGAGGAGCAACAUGGCCCAGAACAUCAACCCGUAUUACUCGUCGCAAGGGGCCCAGAGCAAGUCGCGCGAGGAGAAACAAAGCAUGCCCAAAGACAAUCACGCAGUGAGCAAACGCCUGCAGAAGGAACUCAUGAUCUUGAUGAUGAGCACCGAGAAAGGCGUGUCCGCAUUUCCCGAGGGUGAGAACCUAUUCAAGUGGGUUGGAACGAUCGCUGGACCCGCCGACACGGUGUAUGCAGGCCUGACCUACAAGCUGACUCUAGAGUUUCCCCACAGUUACCCAUACAGUGCACCAGUUGUUCGCUUUGCAACUCCGUGCUUUCAUCCAAAUGUUGACAGUGGUGGCAAUAUCUGUUUGGAUAUUCUAAAGGACAAGUGGAGCGCUCUUUAUGAUGUUCGUACUAUUCUCCUAUCGAUCCAGUCCCUGCUUGGUGAACCAAACAAUGACAGUCCCUUAAACCCUGUAGCAGCAGAACUCUGGAACGAUCAGACGCAAUACAAAAAACAUUUGACUGACGAAUACCAUAAAGCACAAGCAAAGUCUGAACAGGAUUCAUGAUAAGCAAUACCCACCAACACUCGCUGAUCAUUCAUUUCACAUAAUUUAAGAAAUACCUUACAAAAGAUCUGUUUUUAAAUCGUCUCUUAACUAGUAAGAGCAGUCAUUACCAAUGUCAGAGACAUAGGUUUCAAAAAUGUGUCUCGUACAAUUUUAAAUUUUUUUUAAACUUUACGUCGUUAAAACAUAGUCAAUAUGGAACAGCAAUCAUUUAUUAUUAUUGUUUUACAUGACUUUUUUUUAUAACCAUAUAUUAAUUUUUAAAGACGACAUAAAGGUACAAAUUUCUUUGAAAGAGUAUCAAUUGUAACGAUUCUCUCUCUCUCUCUCUCUCUCUUUCUAUGAAUUAAGGAAAGAAAAGUUUAUUUUUUAUUUAUUAUUUUAUAAGUUUAUUAUUGUAGAGAGAUGCAUAUAUUAUGACUUUGAUAAUUUCAUUUGUAAUUCGCAACAUGUAUAGGUCAACCUUUGAAAGACUACAAUUAGUUUUUAUACAUUUUACUUUAAUUUUGUAGGAGAGCGUCCUUUUAAUUCAUAAAGUUUUCAUACACAUAUUCAUAAAUAGUGUUUUAUAAGGAUAAUAUAUUUGCAGAUCAUAGGUUUUGCAACCCUUUACCAUCUAGAGAUAGUCAAAGUACAUUGAUCAAUCCACAAUCUGUAUCGAUCAUCCAUUAUGUAUCUUUCAACGCUCGACUGAAUAAAAUAGAGCAUAAGAAAUAAAUUUUUUUGUUUUGAGUUCAAAUUGUUUCAACCCAUUUUUUUUAUUCACGAUUUUUUUUUUCUUUUCAUUAUAAAAACACCCUUGGCAGAGAUUUCAAAUUGUAGAUGAUUUUUAGAUAACAAGAUAUGUAGAUGAUAGUGCAUCUAGAUACUCGUACUAGCUAACAGCACAAGUAUAAACAUGUGGUUCACAACAAGACGUCUUCCGGGAUUUUUGACAAAAGUCAAAGGAAUUACGGUUCCAAUUUCUCGAAAUCUUAGAAAUAUGACGACAUCAACAAAGGCCGCAUCAGAUAUCGAAG